AUGAUAUAUAGUAAGAAAAAUAAACAGAUCGAUCAUCACAACUUAAUAGGAGGUCUAUUGGAUAAGAGUUAUUUUAAAGUCUUAAUGCUCUAAAGAAAAAAUCUUUCAAUUAAACCUUUAAGAUAAAGACUCUAUCAAUAACCAUAUGUCACUAGGCAAAUUAAUCAACAUAGAAACUUGAUAUCUUAAAAUGUUAACUUUUUAAUUAAGUAUCCAAUUGUGAGCGUCGUUAUGAUAUUUAUGUUAGGUUCUGACUUUUCAAUGCUCUUUAAUCACUUUUCUGAUUUACAAAAUAUAUUAAACCACAUAUUCCCAAAAUUUUGUGAAAGAAAUUUCAUUUAUCCGAACUAUUGUAAUAGAAUGAAUAUGACAAAAAUUAAAGAAUAAAUAAUAGUUAUAAAAAGGAAAUAAUUGAUUUUCCUAAUUCAAGGAAUAAGUUAAGAUGUUGCUAUUAUAAUAGAGAGGAACUUCAUCAAUGAUAACUUCAAACAUAUGCAAUUCUUUUAGAUUAAUAAAAUAGCUGUAUUUUUUUAUUGUAAUUUUUAUGAAUCCUUAUGGUUUGUUUGA